AUGGUUAAGAAGCGCAAAGUCACCCUACAAGUAGACAAUGACACAACCAAAUCCGACUGUGGUGCACUACUAAUCCAUUCCUCUUUUGCCAAUCAAAGUCAGAAGUUUCCACCUCUUGUUUCAUCUUACAACGACAAGAUACGUCCUAUACUUGAUGCCGUGGACAGACUACGUUGUCUCAAUGUUACCCAAGAGGGUAUUUCUCUUCCUACUAUCGUUGUUGUAGGAGACCAGUCGUCUGGCAAGUCGAGCGUUCUAGAGUCACUUGCUGGCAUAAGUUUGCCUCGUGGACAAGGUAUUUGUACACGGGUACCCCUGAUUAUGAGACUACAACAUCAUUCGGAUCCUGUGCCAGAGUUUCUCCUGGAGUUUCAAAAGAAGUCGGUUAAGAUCAUGGAGGAAAGCAAGAUUUGUGAAGCCAUUGAUGAAGCUACGGUGGAGAUAGCAGGGAAUUCUAAAGGUAUAUCAAAUGUCCCUUUAACUUUGGUGGUUAAGAAAAACGGUGUUCCUGAUCUCACCAUGAUUGAUUUGCCUGGAAUUACCCGGGUUCCUGUCCAUGAUCAACCAGAAAACAUUUAUGAACAAAUUUCAGAUAUCAUAAUGGAGCACAUAAAACCAGAAGAGAGUAUCAUUUUGAAUGUACUUUCGGCGACUGUUGAUUUCCCAACAUGUGAAUCUAUUAGAAUGUCAAGGCGGGUGGACAUCACAGGGCAGAGGACCCUAGCUGUUGUUACCAAAUCGGACCGAUCCCCUGAUGGCUUACUUGAAAAGGUGACCACAAAUGAGGUCAACAUUGGCCUUGGCUAUGUUUGUGUCAGAAAUCGGAUUAAUGAUGAAACCUAUGAUGAAGCAAGAAUUCAAGAAGCCAAACUUUUUGAAACUCAUUCUUUACUAUCCAAGAUUGACAAGUCCAUGGUGGGUAUUCCUGUUUUGGCAAGUAGACUUGUUCAAGUUCAGUCGGUGAUCAUAUCCAAAUGUUUGCCGGGCAUCGUAAAGAAGAUUAACGAGAGGCUGAAUUUGUUGGUUAUGGAGCUAAAUACAUUACCACAGAAUCUUACUAGCAUUCCUGAUGCAAUGGCUGCUUUUGUUCAUAUCCUUGGAUCCUUGAAAGAAACUCUACAAAAAGUUUUAUUACGAGGUGAGUUUGAAGACUUAGAUAACAAACAAAUGUCUUGCAAUGCUCGGUUGGUUGAAAUGCUAGAUGCGUUUGCAAAAGAACUAAACAUGAGUGUCAAGCUUUCUGAAAGUUUUCUAGUUGAGGAGAUGCAAGUUUUGGUGGAAGCUAAUGGGAUUCAAUUGCCUCAUUUCCUUCCUCAUUAUGUGUUUUUCUACUUACUCCAACGAAAGGUUAAUAGCAUCUCUGAUUUGCCACUAAGCUUUGUAAACAAAGUAUGGGGUUAUCUUGAGAUGGUUUGUAUUAAAAUCUUGAUUGAUUAUUGUACUAAUUAUCCUCAACUCCAACACUCCAUGAGAAAAGCAGCUCAAAAUAUGAUGGCAAAAAUGAAGAACAAGUUUAUGAAAAGGGUUGCUGAAAUGAUAGAGAUGGAAAAGAUUACUGAUUACACAUGUGACCCUGAUUUCAUUGUUACCUGGAACAAAUUAAAGGCUAACAACUAUGAGAAGUUUUCAGACGCUAUGUGCAAACGCUCAGAGAAUAUCAAAAUAGAAGAGUUUGGGGUGAUUAACGUUAAGCAUUUGUUUGAUGUUCCACAAAGCAAGAGGGACGAAGCGUUUAAUUUGCAAAUGAGGAUGAUGGCUUAUUGGAAAAUUGUUCUCAAACGAAUGGUGGACUACAUAGCACUUCAACUUCGGUUUCUAAUUCAAAAAAUGGUGACCAAGGAAAUGGAGACGGAAAUUGUGAAUGAGGUGAUGGUACAUGGUGGCGGUAUAGAGAAGAUGUUGGGUGAAACACCAUCUGUGGCGAAAAAUAGGGAGAGGCUUCAAAGAAGCAUUGGCUUGCUUCAGGAAUCAAAAGAAAUCAUCGAAGAAGUAAUGGAUGACAUUCUUGUUAAAGCUGAUUAA